AUGGCUCUACCACUCCCCACAUCACAAUCACUUCGCCUUCGUGCUCACGUCGCCUCCCUUGUAGGCACACUACGACUCACGCGACUACGUGUGUCUGUCGUUGAACUCAAAGCCCAUCGCAUUCCAACGUUGUGGUCGCUCUACAGGAGUUUACUGAGAGAUUCUCCCACAGAGGAUAUACGAUGCGAGAUUAGAGCGGCUUUCCGCAAGAACAAGAGCUUGAGAAAGGCUGCGCAUGUGAGGGAUGCCCUGGCACAAGGACACAAGUGGGCCGAAACUUUCGCGAAAGCAAAGCAUGGGGAUGUGCGGCUCCAGGCGGUGCUUCAGAGGUACGGCCGAAUAUUAGCUGUCAGGAAUGAAAAGGAAAAUUGGGUCAGGAUCGUCCGCCAAGAAGUCGCGUGGAGGAAUAAGAUGAAGAACCGACCCAUCAUGACGGGUUCGUACCUUCGGCCAACAUUUUAUAACCCGCCACUACCACGACUGCACCCCCAACCUAUUCAUAUCAGCGGUAUGAUCAACAGUCGGCGGAGAGCUCGCGAAAAACGUUCUCAGAAGAUUUCCGAGUUGCUGGAUUGGCAGAACGAUAUACAGAACGAGGUCAGAUUCGAGCAGGACCUUUUAACCAAAGCCACAAAAGAAGGCGUGAGGUUCAAGCCAGUAUACUAUCAGAAGCCUCAGGAAUGGGAAUUGUAUCUGAAUAAACACUUAAGCACCUUGCAUGACGCUUUUGAGCGUGACGAUGCUCGUGCCGCCACACCAUACCCACCAGAAAUGCUGGAACGUAUCAAGGAGGCACGACGCGAGAAAAUACGGAACAAGACCCGCGAGCUUGAGCGCGAGCGGCGGGGCGUAGUGACGAAGAGAGCGAUGGAGCGGCGGCGCCGUGGACCUCCAGCGCAUGUGCUCGCGAACAUGACGCCAGAGCAGAGACGCAAGGACGCUAUCGCGCGAAGUCUCAGCCAGGUGGGAUAUAUUGCGCAAGUAAAGAGGGAGCUAGGCAUGAAGUUCAAGAACCCGGACGCGUGGAAGGUCGAGGUUGGAUCUUCUAACGACCAGGAAAGACUGGAUGAGGCGGAACGACAGAUUGGUGCGGAGAACGAGCGUCGAAGGCAGCAUUCUGAGUCGGAGUGGGACAGAUAG